CUACCACCGAGCCUUUCGAUACUCGGCCAUACCCAUCUGUAUCUUCCGCUUUAACCCUCCACCAUGUCGUCCUCAUCCCUGACUCAAACGAAGGACCCUAUCCCCUUGGUCUCCUCCCUAGCCGACAUUUACUCGUCCCACGCCUCCGUCCUUUCCCAAUCACCACGAUGGAACGACCUCACAAAGACCUUUGCCAAUCACUUCAGCUCGCAGCCAGCCUUCAUUGCUCGUGCUCCCGGAAGAGUGAACAUCAUUGGGGAACACAUUGAUCACAUGGGAUUUGGUGUAAUGCCUGCAGCGCUUGAGCUGGAUAUACUCAUGGCUGUUAAUGUGCUCCCUGCUGAGAAGGGAAAGGAGGGGAGCAUCGAGUUUGACCUCAGGAAUACCACCAGCCGAUUCGAGCCUUGCAGCUUCACCAGCGGAGUGAAAGACACCGAUGAAGUCAAGUUGUUGCACCAGGGAGCAACUCGGUGGGCAAACUACUUCAAGGUAGCAUGGAAGGGCCUCCACCCUCACCUCCCAAAGUCACUCUUGGAGUCUUCCUCGACGCCUUCAAAGAUCCAAGUCCUUGUAGACGGAACCAUCCCACCCGAGUCCUCCCUCUCCUCGUCAGCAGCAAUGACCGUCUGCUCCUCCAUCGUCAUCCUACAAGCCCUCUCUGCUCGACCCUAUAUCUCGCGGACGGAAAUGGCCAACGUAGCCAUCGAGUCGGAGCGGCUAGUGGGCGUAGCAUCUGGAGGAAUGGACCAGUCUGCCUCAAUCUUCGGCGAGCGCAAUACAGCACUGCACAUCACCUUCUACCCUUCGCUGCACAUCGAUCGAGUUGUCCUGCCCCAGUCAAAGGAAGAUUGCACCUUUGUCAUUGCAAACUCUCUCUUGGUCAGCGACAAGAAGGUCAUGGGUCCCGUGCAAUAUAAUCUGCGUGUGGUGGAACUACUCCUCGCCGCGAGGGUCUUCUGCAACGCCAAUGACCUACCAAAGGACGAUACGACAAAGACCUGGCGCAAGUUGAUGGAGGUGUACUACCAGCGCAAACCUCUGCCUACAGACGACCAAGAGGUGUCUCGCAUCAAGCAGGAGCUAGGAGAGGAAGCAGCUCAGAUGUACCACAUGUCCACCCUCGUUGCCAAGGAGAUCCCACAAGGCCUUCAAUCGCGCGAGAAGCUCGAGAAGCUGACAGGCUACGAGGGUCAAGCCUUCCACGAUGAGUUCCUUUCUCAAUUCGAGAUUCGAGCACCCGAUGGAUUCGAGCUAUUCCAGCGUACACGGCACGUCUUUGCGGAGUCCUACCGCGUCCUCCAAUUCAGGGCACGCUGUCAAAGCGUCGAUCAGAAGCAGGCAGGUGACAAUCUCUACCCUUCCCUGGGUGCCUUGAUGAACGACUCGCACUCCUCGCUCAGCGCAGACUAUGAGAACUCCAUUCCCGAACUAGAGUCUAUCAUCGAGAUUGCUCGUCGCGCCGGAUCACUGGGAAGCAGGUUGACGGGAGCAGGAUGGGGUGGAUCAACGGUGCAUCUAGUACCCAAGGCCAAGGUGGAAGCGGUAGUCGAGGCGCUCAAGAAGGAGUACUAUGGACCGGAAGGAUUCUAUGGAAAGAGAUUGGAGAAGCAGCUUAGCGAAAUGGAAAUUGGAGAGGCAUUGCUGGAGAGUCAACCCGCUGGGGGGGCUUGUGUCUACCAAGUCGAGGCAUGAGUAGGAGUGGGAGUCUGAGCGCAAGCGCAAGCUGGUGGAUCAGGCGGGCAGAUUAUACAAAGAUAGAGCCCCCCUCUGAGUUUUUGCAUCAUAUUCACGAGAAUAUCACAUCUAUUUCUCCAGCAGCAAAACCUUCGC